AUGUUAAUGGGAAAUGCCGCUGAACCUGAAUCAUCACAAACUUAUGAUGUGUCUACUCCUACUCCUACUGCUAUUGCCAAUCUAUUCAAUCGCUACUUCACAUCAGUGUUCAACACUGAUCAUGAUAACCUAGAAGAACGUUCCUCUCCACCAUCAUCUCCACCUUCGACGUCAGGACAGUCAGACCUUCAACUAUCAAUAGAAGAAGUCGCAAGAACACUCUUAGCGCUAGACACCACCAAGGCUACUGGACCUGACAGAAUACCAUCUCGACUUUUAAAAGAAACUGCGUGGCAGAUUGCACCUUCCCUCACCCAAAUAUUCAACAA